AGAUUUUAGGUGGCAGUAGGCCGUGUGUCGGGUUCAAUAACAGUUGAAUACUACACGUUGUACCGCACAGUGGUUGCUAGAUUCUUAAGUCAGUGCUUCGACUGUUUGAAACGUUUAAAAUGGGUCUGGUCGAUUAUGUGGGCAAGAAAUACAAGCUGGCCACGAGUGAGAAGUUUGACGAGUACAUGAAAGCGUUGGGGGUGGGUCUCGUGACCAGGAAAAUGGGAAACGCCGUUUCUCCUGUUGUAGACCUCCAAAAGGACGGAGAAGAAUAUACCCUUAAUUCCAACUCCACUUUUAAGAACGUCGUGCUCAAAUUCACUCCCGGUAAGGAAUUCGACCAGGAAACUCCUGACGGUAGAAAGGUGAAGGCUGUCAUCACGGUGGAAGGCGACACGUUGAAAGAAGUUCAGACCAAUGCGGAUGGAACCAUCACCACCAUCGACCGAACGUUUUCGGCUGAUGAAAUCAAAAUGGUAAGAAAAAUAUGUCCAAGUGCGUUGAAUGAAAAGCUUUACAACAUGGAAACUAGUUGUUCGUGA